CAUUUGAGCUGUCACCCAUGCUGGAAGCAGAAGAGAAGAAAGCAAAACGAAACUCACCACAGUCCCACACAGCACUCACAGCUCGGCAUCUUGUGGCUUCUUUUCCUGUUGUGUAGCUCUUCCUGCAGUCCACUAUUCAUUUCUCCUGAGCUUUGUUUUCCAAUAUUUACUGUUCCUGAUGAGCAUCUCAGGUGAUCUUUCAUGAACAUAAAAAUGAAAUCAGCAGAGAAACUUGUCAUCAUUUAUUCUCUAUUUCAAGGUGUUUUGUGUAGAGAAUUCUCCAUCAGUCUACCAGAGAGUGUAGAAGCUGUGAGAGGACUCUGUGUUCUCAUACCCUGCAGAUUUGAGAUUGAAGAACAAUUUGAUGGAGACCUCCAGACAGAUCCUACAGGAAUCUGGUUAAAAGACGGCACUCAUGGUGACGAUAACAGAGUCUUUAACUCUAAAGUAACUGAAGAGAACAAGAUUGAAGGGAAACUUAUAGGAGACCUCCGCAUGAAGAACUGCACCACCAUCUUCUACAACAUCAGACAGAGUGACCGUGGAGAUUAUUACUUUAGAAUACAAACUUCAGGAAGACUGAAAUACACUUAUCCUUCUUCAUCAGAGUCUGUAAGAUCUUCAGCAGUAUCUGUAAGAGUGGGAGCUUCUCCAAUCACACCCUCAAUAACACUGUAUAAGGAGGAUCAGGGGGAGGUGGAGGACCAAAAUGAGCUGGUGGAGGGAACUUCAGUGAGUCUCAUUUGCUCUGCUCCAGCUCCUCCAUGUCUCUUAAAGCCACCCACUUUUACAUGGAACUUCCUGGCUGAGGAGAGAAGACAAGAGCAGAAACACAACAUCAGAUUCAGCUCCUCUCAGCUGAACUUCAACGUUACUCACCUUCAUCAUGGAUUCACUUUCAGCUGCACUGCCACCUACCAGUUCCAGAACAAGAUCACCAAAUCAGCACAGAGCUCUUUAAUACUACAUGUUCUGUAUGGUCCUAGAAACACAUCAGUAUCAGCAUCUCCAUCUGCUUCAGUGCUUUUGGGCAGUUCAGUGUCUCUGAGAUGCAGCAGUGAUGCAAACCCAGCAGUGCUGAACUACACCUGGUACAGAGAGAACGGAGAACAGAUAGGAACUGGAAACCAUCUCACCAUCAAUAGGGCUGAUUGUACACACAGUGGUUUAUACUACUGUAGAGCUCAAAACCAGCAUGGAGAUCACAACUCAUCCAUCCUCCUGGAUGUUCAGUACUCUCCAAUCACUCCCUCAAUAACACUGUAUAAGGAGGAUCAGGGGGAGGUGGAGGACCAAAAUGAGGUGGUGGAGGGAACUUCAGUGAGUCUCAUUUGCUCUGCUCCAGCUCCUCCAUGUCUCUUAAAGCCACCCACUUUUACAUGGAACUUCCUGCCGGAGGAGAGAAGACAGGAGCAGAACCACAACACCAGCUUCAGCUCCUCUCAGCUGAACUUCAACGUUACUCACCUUCAUCAUGGACUCAAUUUCACCUGCACUGCCACCUACCAGCUCCAGAACAGCAACAAAUCAACACAGAGCUCUUUUGUACUACAUGUUCUGUAUGGUCCUAGAAACACGUCAGUUUCAGCAUCUCCAUCUGCUUCAGUGCUUUUGGGCAGUUCAGUGUCUCUGAGUUGCAGCAGUGAUGCAAACCCAGCAGUGCUGAACUACACCUGGUACAGAGAGAACAGAGAACAGAUAGGAACGGGAGACCAUCUCACCAUCAAUAGGGCUGAAUGUACACACAGUGGUUUAUACUACUGUAGAGCUCAAAACCAGCACGGAGAUCACAACUCAUCCAUCCUCCUGGAUGUUCAGUACUCUCCAAUCAGCCCUUCAAUAACACUGUAUAAGGAGGAUCAGGGGAAGGUGGAGGACCAAAAUGAGGUGGUGGAGGGAACUUCAGUGAGUCUCAUUUGCUCUGCUCCAGCUACUCCAUGUCUCUUAAAGCCACCCACUUUUACAUGGAACUUCCUGCCUGAGGAGAGAAGACAGGAACAAAACUACAAGACCAGCUUCAGCUCCUCUCAGCUGAACUUCAACGUUACUCACCUUCAUCAUGGACUCAAUUUCACCUGCAGUGCCACCUACCAGCUCCAGAACAGCAACAAAUCAACACAGAGCUCUUUUGUACUACAUGUUCUCUAUGGUCCUAGAAACACGUCAGUUUCAGCAUCUCCAUCUGCUUCAGUGCUUUUGGGCAGUUCAGUGUCUCUGAGAUGCAGCAGUGAUGCAAACCCAGCAGUGCUGAACUACACCUGGUACAGAGGGAACGGAGAACAGAUAGGAACUGGAAAGCAUCUCACCAUCAAUAGGGCUGAAUGUACACACAGUGGUUUAUACUACUGUAGAGCUCAAAACCAGCACGGAGAUCACAACUCAUCUGUCCUCCUGGAUGUUCAGUACUCUCCAAUCAGCCUCUUAAUAACACUGCAUAAGGAGGAUCAGGGGAAGGUGGAGGACCAAAAUGAGGUGGUGGAGGGAACUUCAGUGAGUCUCAUUUGCUCUGCUCCAGCUCCUCCAUGUCUCUUAAAGCCACCCACUUUUACAUGGAACUUCCUGCCUGAGGAGAGAAGACAAGAGCAGAACCACAACACCAGCUUCAGCUCCUCUCAGCUGAACUUCACUGCUACUCACCUUCAUCGUGGACUCAAUUUCACCUGCACUGCCACCUACCAGCUCCAGAACAUGAACAAAUCAGCACAGAGCUCUUUUAUACUACAUGUUCUGUAUGGUCCUAGAAACACGUCAGUAUCAGCAUCUCCAUCUGCUUCAGUGCUUUUGGGCAGUUCAGUGUCUCUGAGAUGCAGCAGUGAUGCAAACCCAGCAGUGCUGAACUACACCUGGUACAGAGAGAACGGAGAGCAGAUAGGAACGGGAGACCAUCUCACCAUCAAUAGGGCUGAUUGUACACACAGUGGUUUAUACUACUGUAGAGCUCAAAACCAGCACGGAGAUCACAACUCAUCCAUCCUCCUGGAUGUUCAGUACUCUCCAAUCAGCCCUUCAAUAACACUGUAUAAGGAGGAUCAGGGGAAGGUGGAGGACCAAAAUGAAGUGGUGGAGGGAACUUCAGUGAGUCUCAUUUGCUCUGCUCCAACUCCUCCAUGUCUCUUAAAGCCACCCACUUUUACAUGGAACUUCCUGCCUGAGGAGAGAAGACAGGAACAAAACUACAACACCAGCUUCAGCUCCUCUCAGCUGAACUUCAACGCUACUCACCUUCAUCAUGGACUCAAUUUCACCUGCACUGCCACCUACCAGCUCCAGAACAGGAACAAAUCAACACAGAGCUCUUUUGUACUACAUGUUCUGUAUGGUCCUAGAAACACGUCAGUUUCAGCAUCUCCAUCUGCUUCAGUGCUUUUGGGCAGUUCAGUGUCUCUGAGAUGCAGCAGUGAUGCAAACCCAGCAGUGCUGAACUACACCUGGUACAGAGAGAACGGAGAGCAGAUAGGAACGGGAGACCAUCUCACCAUCAAUAGGGCUGAAUGUACACACAGUGGUUUAUACUACUGUAGAGCUCAAAACCAGCACGGAGAUCACAACUCAUCCAUCCUCCUGGAUGUUCAGUACUCUCCAAUCAGCCUCUUAAUAACACUGCAUAAGGAGGAUCAGGGGAAGGUGGAGGACCAAAAUGAGGUGGUGGAGGGAACUUCAGUGAGUCUCAUUUGCUCUGCUCCAGCUCCUCCAUGUCUCUUAAAGCCAACCACUUUUACAUGGAACUUCCUGCCUGAGGAGAGAAGACAGGAGCAGAACCACAACACCAGCUUCAGCUCCUCUCAGCUGAACUUCAACGCUACUCACCUUCAUCAUGGACUCAAUUUCACCUGCACUGCCACCUACCAGCUCCAGAACAUGAACAAAUCAGCACAGAGCUCUUUUAUACUACAUGUUCUGUAUGGUCCUAGAAACACAUCAGUAUCAGCAUCUCCAUCUGCUUCAGUGCUUUUGGGCAGUUCAGUGUCUCUGAGAUGCAGCAGUGAUGCAAACCCAGCAGUGCUGAACUACACCUGGUACAGAGAGAACGGAGAGCAGAUAGGAACGGGAGACCAUCUCACCAUCAAUAGGGCUGAUUGUACACACAGUGGUUUAUACUAUUGUAGAGCUCAAAACCAGCACGGAGAUCACAACUCAUCCAUCCUCCUGGAUGUUCAGUACUCUCCAAUCAGCCCUUCAAUAACACUGUAUAAGGAGGAUCAGGGGAAGGUGGAGGACCAAAAUGAAGUGGUGGAGGGAACUUCAGUGAGUCUCAUUUGCUCUGCUCCAACUCCUCCAUGUCUCUUAAAGCCACCCACUUUUACAUGGAACUUCCUGCCUGAGGAGAGAAGACAGGAACAAAACUACAACACCAGCUUCAGCUCCUCUCAGCUGAAAUUCAACGCUACUCACCUUCAUCAUGGACUCAAUUUCACCUGCACUGCCACCUACCAGCUCCAGAACAGCAACAAAUCAGCACAGAGCUCUUUUAUACUACAUGUUCUCUAUGGUCCUAGAAACACGUCAGUUUCAGCAUCUCCAUCUGCUUCAGUGCUUUUGGGCAGUUCAGUGUCUCUGAGUUGCAGCAGUGAUGCAAACCCAGCAGUGCUGAACUACACCUGGUACAGAGGGAACGGAGAACAGAUAGGAACUGGAAAGCAUCUCACCAUCAACAGGGCUGAAUGUACACACAGUGGUUUAUACUACUGUAGAGCUCAAAACCAGCACGGAGAUCACAACUCAUCUGUCCUCCUGGAUGUUCAGUACUCUCCAAUCAGCCUCUUAAUAACACUGCAUAAGGAGGAUCAGGGGAAGGUGGAGGACCAAAAUGAGGUGGUGGAGGGAACUUCAGUGAGUCUCAUUUGCUCUGCUCCAGCUCCUCCAUGUCUCUUAAAGCCACCCACUUUUACAUGGAACUUCCUGCCUGAGGAGAGAAGACAGGAGCAGAACCACAACACCAGCUUCAGCUCCUCUCAGCUGAACUUCACUGCUACUCACCUUCAUCGUGGACUCAAUUUCACCUGCACUGCCACCUACCAGCUCCAGAACAUGAACAAAUCAGCACAGAGCUCUUUUAUACUACAUGUUCUGUAUGGUCCUAGAAACACGUCAGUAUCAGCAUCUCCAUCUGCUUCAGUGCUUUUGGGCAGUUCAGUGUCUCUGAGAUGCAGCAGUGAUGCAAACCCAGCAGUGCUGAACUACACCUGGUACAGAGAGAAUGGAGAGCAGAUAGGAACGGGAGACCAUCUCACCAUCAACAGGGCUGAUUGUACACACAGUGGUUUAUACUAUUGUAGAGCUCAAAACCAGCACGGAGAUCACAACUCAUCCAUCCUCCUGGAUGUUCAGUACUCUCCAAUCAGCCCUUCAAUAACACUGUAUAAGGAGGAUCAGGGGAAGGUGGAGGACCAAAAUGAGCUGGUGGAGGGAACUUCAGUGAGUCUCAUUUGCUCUGCUCCAGCUCCUCCAUGUCUCUUAAAGCCAACCACUUUUACAUGGAACUUCCUGCCUGAGGAGAGAAGACAGGAACAAAACUACAAGACCAGCUUCAGCUCCUCUCAGCUGAACUUCAACGCUACUCACCUUCAUCAUGGACUCAAUUUCACCUGCACUGCCACCUACCAGCUCCAGAACAUGAACAAAUCAGCACAGAGCUCUUUUAUACUACAUGUUCUGUAUGGACCGAGAAACAUGUCAGUAUCAGCAUCUCCAUCUGCUUCAGUGCUUUUGGGCAGUUCAGUGUCUCUGAGAUGCAGCAGUGAUGCAAACCCAGCAGUGCUGAACUACACCUGGUACAGAGAGAACGGAGAACAGAUAGGAACCGGAAACCAUCUCACCAUGAACACCACUGAUUCUACACACAGUGGUUUAUACUACUGUAGCGCUCAAAACCAGCACGGAGAUCACAACUCAUCUGUCCUCCUGGAUGUUCUGUAUGGUCCUAGAAACACGUCAGUAUCAGCAUCUCCAUCUGCUUCAGUGCUUUUGGGCAGUUCAGCGUCUCUGAGAUGCAGCAGUGAUGCAAACCCAGCAGUGCUGAACUACACCUGGUACAGAGAGAACGGAGAGCAGAUAGGAACCAGAAACCAUAUCACCAUCAACACCACUGAUUCUACACACAGUGGUUUAUACUACUGUAGAGCUCAAAACCAGCACGGAGAUCACAACUCAUCUGUCCUCCUGGAUGUUCAGUAUGCUCCUCAGGUCUCUCCGUUCUCCAGCUGUAACAGUGCUCAUGAUUUGAUCAUGUGUUCCUGUGAGGUUCGUGGAAAUCCGUCUCCUAAACUGACUUGGCAUCUCUCUGGUCAAAUUGUCUCUCCGUCUGAGGCGACAUCUAUCCAAGAGGAGUCUGUGUGUAACAGGGGUUUAAGAAGCGCUAUUACCAUCCGUCAGUCAUUUAUAGACACGCCCACUCUGCAGUGUGUUGGCUCCAACAACCUGGGCAAUGAAACACACCUGCUUAAUAUCAUCAUUUCAGAACCCAGACACACCGCAGUACCUUAUCUGGUUCCCUCUCUCUCUGUGGUUCUCCUUCUGUGUGUUGGUGUUAUUGGAUUUCUCAUCUACAAAUCAAAGCAAUUGUCCAGGGAGAUAAAGGUUCUACAGAGAGGAGAUACUUCUCUCGAGCUCUUUGCUGUACAGAACUCUGCAUAUAACUCUCUGCAGACUAACAGAGAGAACAACGCCUGAAAAGCUGCCCGUUUUCAUCACUAGAUUUUCAGCCACAUCAGGAAUAAUCACUGUGUGUGUUGCUGUUACACUAAAAGAAUUAACAGUGGGGUGGUGUGAUGAAGCGAAGUUAUUGCUAUCACUUCGAAGUUGGUUAUUUUCCUAUAACCUAUAUUUUAUUCCUCUUACACCACAGCAAUCUGACUCCAAUUUUUCAUUUAUUAAAUUUUGACAUGUCAUACUUUUAAUCAGUUAUAGUUACAUUUAAUGUUGUGGACCAUCAGUGAAACAAAUUAAUUCCUGUUCUCUCUUACAUUAUAGCAGCUAUAAACAGUUAUUCUCUCACCAGCUUCUCUUUUUUCUCUAUUCUGAAGGUAAUAAGACAAAAAAAAGGAUGUUACCAAUAUAACACAAAGCAUAAUCUCAUCUGUCCUGAAAAUGUUGGAAAUCUGUAUUUCUGUUGGAAAUCUGUAAGGAGCAUCACUAUUGAAAUUUGGAUUUAUACAUAUACAAAUAUGUGUUACUGAUUCUGUGUUGUUUUAUUUUUAUAGAAUGUACACAAUAAAGGGGUUUAAUUUAGUUUUUAUGUGAGUGAAAUCUUGUUAGAAGACACAUGACACAUUUAUAAUUUAUUUUUAGUUUUUUUUAACAACAAGGAACAGGUGAGACAGAUCAUGACACGUGAAGGAUACAGUCAGUGACAUGAUAGGGGAGGAGACAGGACUUGAAUGAAAACAAAAACACACAUGGUAAUAUAAACAAGACAUAAGAAUACGGAAGUGUUUUUUGAGAAAAGUGAGCACUUUUGACUCAAAAUCAAUAUAAAUAAAGAUUAUUAUUAUUAUUAUUAUUAUUAUUAUUAUUAUUAUUAUGUGUGUGUGGAGUUUGCAUGUCUCCCUGUGCUUCGGGGGUUUCCUCCGGGUCCUCUGGUUUCUUCCCCCAGUACAAAGACAUACGUUGUAGUCUGAUUGGCGUUUCCAAAUUGUC